AUGGGCGGCCGCCGCCAUACAGUUCUACUGCAGAGCAGCGGUCGUGCGCUGGGCCUUGGGGCAAACAAGCACGGCCAGUGCAACAUCCCAGAGAUCCCCAGCAACCUGGAGUAUGUACAGGUCGCGACAGGUACGGCACACAGCGUCCUAUUACGGAGCGAUGGACAUGUUGUGGCCUGUGGCGACAACAGGGCUGGCCAGUGCGAUGUUCCGAGUCUCAAUGACGGUUGUCAGUACGUGCAGGUUUCCGCCGCUGGGAAUCGCACCUUGCUCUUGCGCAGCGAUGGCAAGGCCUUAGCAAUUGGAGAUACUUUUCCUCCUCUCGCAGACUUUCCGGAGCUAGAGGGUGACAGGAAGUUCGUUCAAGUAGAAACAGGCCUGUUUCACACGGUCUUGCUUACCAAUGAUGGCCAGAUGCUUGUGAGAGCAGACAACGAAGUUCACGAACUGACUAUCCCAGACCUGCACGACAACCAGAGGUACGUUCAGGUAUCGGCUGGUGAUUUCCACGUAGUGUGGCUACUCAGCGAUGGCACUGUGGUGGCUGCCGGAGACAACCGUUAUGGCCAGUGUAGCAUUCCUUCUUCUGGGGAUCUGGAGUACACUAAGGUUUCGGCUGGAGGACUUCAUACAGCGUUGCUGCGCAGUGAUGGACGAGUGCUGACCGUCGGGAACAACCGGUGCGGACAGUGCGAUGUCCCUGAUCUGCCAGCAGGUCUCAUAUAUGAAGACAUCUCGGCUGGCGACCUCCACACGGUUCUGCUGCGCAGCGAUGGCCGGGUGGUGGCCUUCGGCGAUGAUCACUGGGGUCAAUGCCAGGUCCCGGAGCCCGAGGCAGGCGAGGUCUACGUUCCCAGCUGGCCGGGCGAUCACUCGCCCAUCGUAGUCCAGCUCGUACCGAGUGAUGCAGACCACAAGCACUGGCAAUGCUUCAGCCUUGCUGGGCGAGCAGUGCUGAGCUUUGCAGUGUCCGAGCUGUGCGUCGAGGAGUUUUGGACACGCCUGACGGAGCAAUUCCAUGCACCGAAGUGGAAACUUCAGGUGGUUCUGUCGAACGGCGAGCUCCUCUGCGACAGCAAGCUUCAUCAAAUCUGCCCGGCCUACCGGGCCCUGGGCGCCUAG